ACUGUCUUUAUUCACACAUGAACCUUUUGGAAAUGGAUCAUAGAUUUUAAGUAAAGGUGAACAUCUUUUGGUAAUUGCUACUCCUAUCAGCCACCCUAUAGGUACUCUCGCUUGGAUCGCAGGUAAGUUUCCAGGUAACACAGAACACCAUGAUGGAAUCCCAUACAGGAAGCCCACCCUGGGUGGUGGACCCAAGUUCCCCAGAUUGUGGCAACGAGGCCCAGCCUUCAACGGCAGAAAAAUUCCUCGAUAGACUGAACAUUGAAGAUCAGAGUCCAAUGCCAGUCCAGCAAAGACUGCCUGAUAUAGCACACGUUCAAGAUUUGCUACGACUGAAAAGUAAUGAUGAGGAUUUUGAGCGAGACCAUGACAUACUCAAAGUGCUACACAACCAUCAAACACAGGACAAGGAAACAAAAUACCCUUUAGACCAGAAACAAAAACAGGAAAGAGAAAAACAAAGCAGUGUUAAACAGGAAGUAGAAGAACAAGAACUGGAUCAAGGAAAACUUCAGUAUCCCGUAAGACCAGAUAAUCAGGACCACCGCCCACCUAAAUACCAAGAGACACUGUAUAAUCUAGAACUGGGCCACCAUGACAAAGAAAGACUCCACUAUCCAGACUUGGAUUCAGACCAAGAAAGAGUUCAUGAUCCAGAGUUGGACCAAGAUCAGGACCAGGAAAGUCUUGAUGCUUUAGUAAAAGGUCCUGUAGAAGAUGAUAUUCAGCAUGCCUCACACCAAGAUCUAACUCAACAACAUGACCAAGCAUUAAGUCCAGAUACUACACAGAUUUCUGUCCAAGAUCAGUCAAACAACCUGGACCAAGUUCCAUCUGAGAACCAAGACACUGAAGGCAAAGUAGACCACGACUACACACAGCUGCAUGAGCGACAUAAUGGCCAGGCACACGAUCUAGAUCUUGGUAUAGUUAGAAAUUCUGACCCCUCACCUUGUAUUGAUACAACCCAACAGCAGGACCAAAACAAACAGCCUGUAACAGAACAAGUGUCAUCCAUCGGACCUUCCUCGCCCGACCCAACGAACCCUGACCAGGAGCCAGUCACUGAUAAGCCUUGUGGGGAUGAGACUGGGGAGCCAGGUGGCGGCAUCCCAGCCGUGGUGAUCACUCAGGCACAGGAGGCACGAGAACUUGCACAGGUCAAGCCUGGGGAACCAGAAGCAGCAAGGUUGAAGGGACCAGAGAGACCACAAGAUCUGAUAAUACCUGCAGUAUCAGUGAUGGCUACAGGCCCUAAUCCCAUCCCUAUCUCCAGCCAAGGUCUUAGCCCUCAUCUCAGCACUAUGACCAGCUUUAGUCCCUUCCCUAGUCAAGGUCGUAGUCCCAGCCCUUGUCCCAGCCUCAGUCCAGGUCCUAGUCCCAGCCCUUGUCCCAGCCUCAGUCCAGGCUCUAGUCCCAGCCCUAGUCCCAGCCUCAGUCCAGGCUUUAGUGACUGUCCUAGUCCCAGCCCUAUCACCAGCCCUUGUCUCAGUGAUGCAAGUGACGGAGUUGACAUGGCCUGCUCUGAUUUGCUGUCCCUGAGAAGUGACUCUGUUUCCCUGUGUGCCAGCGAGGUGACCAUCUCUUCCAGGGGUUAUAGGGAGCAGCAGGGCCAAGAGGAUGAUACCAGAAGUGUUGCUGCGUCCUCUGUCAUGUCUCUGUUCCACCGAAUCCAGAUGGAGCCUCUUGAGAAGGACUGGCUGAGGAGUUGUGUCCUGGGGAACACUGCUGCUCUCCGCCAGCUCCUUAGGCAGGACCCCAGUCUGGCCUCCAAGAAGGACUUCAUCACUGGGGUGAGUAGCCUUUUUCGUUUGUCAUUGUUCAUCCUUUCUCUCCUAAUCAUCUUAAUAGGCUAGCAGACCAGACAGAACCUUUUUUUGCCUUGUUUUUUUGUUUUGCCUCAAUUAGCUUAGCAUUGAUAACACACGCGAUGCUCUAUUACCUCUGUCUAACUGUCUUGAUAAUAGUUUUAGAGAGUUGCUAAUGUCAAAGGUCGGAUGUCUAGCUGGUCUUUGAAACAGGGAAUAUUAAUACAAACGUCUGUUCAUGUAAAUGGGAUUCACACGGACGUCCAAUUUUCUGGCAUGUUUAUCUACAAAACUAACAAAAAGCGAACGUUGUUUUGCAAGACACACAGACACUCCCUUCAUGUUUUCUGACAGGUCUUGGUUUUCUGACAGGACCUUACUGUCGACAAGGUUCUAAACACUGUCCUACAUACACAAUGAUUCUUUUCAUCCCAGACAGUAUUGUGUUAUUUUCCUUCUUUUUUUCUCGUCAGGCGUCUGUACUGGUGUAAUAUAAGUGGUCAGAAUCUACGUUGAGACAGAGGAUCCAUGCUAAUUAGUGUGUCCAGUGAUUUUCAUCUCACUUCCAUAGACGAGGUUUAAAGCAGCAUAUACUAUCUGGGGGUGUAAUGAUAUUGUAAUAACAUGGUAAUUAAUAUUUGAGCAAACACUCACCCUGUUUUAGCCUGAAGACAACUGAACAGCUCCCUGUCAUUCCCUAAAGAUAAGGGAUACUGAUCAUAUUUGCAUGGAAUGACAGUGUUUCAUUCUCCCCAAAAUGUUAAGAUGUGGCUUUUUGUCUUUGUUUUGUUGUAACUUCCUGCCUAUUUGAAGAGCAAUUUUCACAGUUUUAGAUAUGGGAUUUGUAGAUCUGUAGAUAAGUGUGUAAGACGAUAUGUUACAGAGUAAACUGAAUCAUUGGUCUAAAUUUGACAAUAUGCAUUGGAGGAUAAAUUAGAACAUGAUGAUUAUUGGUCCUAAAAAAGAUCAGUAACUCUAACUAAUAUGAAAUCUAGAUAUGUUUAUUUUUCCAGAACUAUGUUCUUCACUAUGGUCGCUCUCCAUACUCACAUUUGAAACAAACAGCACACUUUUAAUGCAAUACAAAAGCAUUACUUCUCUUGCCACAGUAUGGAAACCUUAUGAAGGUAUGUAGACGUGUUCAAAACAGCCCAUAUGGCGAUACUAUGGUAGCCUGUCGUUGAAAAGAAGCUAAAGAAGGCAGAUCUGGGAUUUCACAAGGCAUUCAAUGAAAACACGCCUCUAUAGACUAACCACUGAGCUUUCUAUUCAAGAGCCCUGAAAAAAAGAUCCAUCCAUAUGGCUUCGCCUAGAAAAUGCUCCCUCAGUUUGUGUAGCCCCUCCAUGAUCUGCAUGGAAGCUGCCAUGCAGAAGUAACGACAUCAAUGGUGUAACCCCUCUCUCCACUUGAGAGAAUCACAUUUCUUUUCAUGCUUCACUUGAUCAAAACGGAAGGAGUGUAAUUUACGCCUUAUUGAUGUUCCUUUCCCUGCUGCUUUGAGUGCGGUAGCGUUAACUCAUUUUGGGUUGGUGAUGUGCCACCCACCAAACAGGCAACAGAUGCCAGUCGGCUGGAAGAGGGCGGUUGUUUGGCAAUCGCAGGUUUAAUGCUGGGUCACUGUCAAAGGGUCCCGGGAUGUACAAAAUGUACCUCCUCCACAAUGGUGUUUUUUUGCAACUUGCUGGCCUGAUUUUAAACAUCCCUACAAAUAACAAAGAAGCCAAAGUACACUUCACAUGUAGUAGGUAUAUUCCUUAUUCCCUCAUGUAACUUUUCAUGUGUGAUACUGUGAUUACACACAUAUUAAAAAGCUGUUCCGUGUUUAAGUUUUCGUUUAAUUAAAACUUUUCACAAUUUUACUUCACAAGUAAAAUUUUACUUCACAAGUAAAAUUUUACUU